UACAUAAAAUAUAAAAUGUAAAGAAAGUAAAUUAAAAGAAACAUGAAAAUAUAUAGGUGACAUACGAUGCUUACGCUUCCAACAUUCCGCGCCGGAACGCUUGCGCGCGCAUCGUAUUGUUAGUACUGAACGAAUAUUUGUAUACUGUAAUUACAACGAUUUUUAAUUUAAAAGGAAAAUGAAACUGUUAACACAUAAUAUGUUAACUUCGAAAUGCUUAAAAGGCGUUACUGUAGGUUAUCCUUUAGGGAUCAUCGCAAAAGAUAUCAAAGUAUCGGAAGUAGACUUCAAUUCAGAAUUUAUAGCAAGGAUCAUACCAAAAUUGGACUGGACAACCUUGUGGAAAGCUGCAGAAAGCAUUGGACAUGUUGGUGAACUUCCUCAAAACUUAAUAGAAGAUUAUGAGAAAAAUGAAGACUUUUUAAAAAAGGUACACCAUGUGCUAUUAGAAGUAGAAGUUAUAAAUGGAGAUUUACUGUGUCCAGAAUCUGGUAGAAAAUUUCCUAUUAAUGAUGGGAUACCUAACAUGCUUUUAAAUGAAGAUGAAGUCUAAAUUUUAUAAGAAAAUUUAUUAGUCAUAAAAUCAUACAUUAAUACAUGUAUAAAAUUCUUGUAUAUUAUUAUUAAUACUGAUAUUUGCCAAUAGAAUAUAAUCUUUAUGUAUUCAAAUUAAGGACAUGUAGCAUAGAGUUCUGUAUAGAGUAUUGUGUUUUACAUUCUUAUAAUUUAAUUCUUUUUUAUUUUCUAUAAUUAUAAAUUAUAAAUGUAGAUAAUACUUUUUAUAUUGUUUUAAGAUUAUGAUAUAAAAAGAUACAUUUUAAUAGAACAUAUACAACUGGAACAAUUACAGUUUUGACUAAAUUUAUUAGAGAUAAUAAACAAGUUCGAUUGUUUUAUUGCACAAAUAUGUAUAGAUACAACGAAAUACAAUUUUGUUUUAUCACUUGCAAUAUUUAACACAUACCACUAUUGUUAGCUAAAAGUUUACUAUUUUUUUAUCUAUAAAUGUUGAUUAUUUAAAUGUUUGAAAAAUCUAUUAGGAAUGUGAUACAGGCAUAUUCAUUUUUCUAUCCUUAUAAAAGUAAAAUUAUAUUAAACAUUAUGAAAUAUGAAGAAUAUAUUCAAAUUAGAAAUUUUGAUGAAAAUACACAAAUUCAUUUUAUUACUUUCAUAUAUUCGAUUAGAUCUGUAGUCUAUUAGAAAUAUCACACUUAUAAGUAGAAAAAUACAUGCUAAGUAAUUUAAUUAUUUAUUCAGAUAUUAAUUAUGAAAAAAAUAUUAUUUUUGAUUAAAAUUAUGUAAAUGCAUAAAAUAUGUUCUAAAUAAUUAAUGUAAAGAUAAUAAGAGAGAGAGAGAGAGAGAGAGAAAGAGAGCGGUACACAUAGUUUAAAAUACUACAUUUACUAUAAUGUAAUCUAAACAACCUACUAUAGCAAAUAAUGAAUUCAUGCAAUAAAGUAUUAAAUGAAACUUUUCUUACUAAAUAGAAGAUAUUUUCUGUUAAUCUUAGUAAUAUAUAUUCACAUUAUUUGCUGUCUUAUACACAUUGAUAUACAUUCACCAAAAUGUUAUAUAAUAUAAUAUCUCAAAAAGUAUAGAUGUGCUUAACAUUAAAA